AGCAGUAGAAAAGAUAGGCUACUCACUGCGCUCUUGAGGAACGCUAACUCAGAAGUGCCAUCGUAGGUGAACGGACACAAUGUGAAGUAACCCUAGCACUUAUUUUUUUUAAGUUUAGCGGAAAGUUAAUACAGUUUAGGUCUUCGUUACUUACUGUUUGUAUACAGAAACACAAUGUAGGUGAAGUUGCGGAAACGGAUUAUUUUUUACCUGAGUUCCAAGCGACCAACUAUCGACUAAGGAAAGACGGUGGGACAAACAUGCUCUCACCGUUCUUGGCGUUCUUACUGUCUGUUCUGAUUCUAUGUCGGAUAGCAGUCUCUCAAUAUUCCAGUGACCAGUGUAGUUGGAGAGGAAGUGGUCUCACCCAUGAGGGUCACACCGAGGACGUGGAGCAGGUGUACCUGCGCUGCUCACAGGGCUCCCUGGAGUGGCUCUACCCGACGGGGGCCAUCAUCGUCAACCUGCGGCCCAACACCGUGUCCCCGGCCGCCGCCCGCCUCUCCAUCUGCAUCAAGCCCUCGCCGGAGUCCGGCGGCACCAACAUCUACCUGGACAAGGUGGGCAAGCUUCGGCUGCUGCUGCGCGAGGAGGACCAGGCGCUGGCUAAAGUGCAGUGCUUCGGCAUCCAGGAGGGCGCCGUGUUCAUUGAGGCCGUGCUGCACCAGGACAUCAGUCGCAGGAUCACCGCCUUCCAGUACGAACUCAUCGCCGACCUGCCUCUCUCUGCCCCCUGCCAGCCGUGCAGCGACGCAGAGAUGCUCCUGGCCGUCUGCACCAGUGACUUUGUGGCCCAGGGUAGCAUCGUGAGCGUGGAGCAGCAGGAGGAGCAGUCUUCGGUCACCGUGUCUUUGAGCCACCUGCACCGGCAGAAGACACGGGUGUUUGUGUCGGGGGGCGGGCGGGCCAAGCGCUGGACGGGCCGGGUGAAGAUGCCCCUGCAGUGCGGCGUGAAGCCUGGCAAGGGCGACUUCCUCUUCACGGGCACCGUGCGCUUCGGCGAGGCGUGGCUUGGGUGUGCACCUCGCUACAAGGACUUUUUGAAGGCGUACAGGGAGGCGCAGAGACUGGGGACCAACCCGUGCCACGUGGACACGAACUGAGAUGCAGCACAACCCCCCCCCCCCCCCACACACAUACACACACACACACACACACACACACACACACAGACACACACACACACACACAGACACACUCACACGUUUCAGAGCUCAACGCUGGGGGGCCCUCAUGGAAACGGAGGGCUGUUGCGAGAGCCCCAGACGGCCCAGAAGGCCACUUCAGUGCACUGUGGACAGAGCAGAGCGUUUACGAGAGACACUCACGUGCCCCAGUAGCCUCUCAGCUGCUAGCUCAUGGCUUAGCACGGCAGAGGCCACAGCCUUUAAAUAUGAGAGACGUCGGACUUCUUACAAAGCCAUCCGGCGUGGAAAUGUCUUUUAAAAAGCAGAAACAGUAAUUCUCUCAUUGACGGCACCGCCACUGCUACAUGUGAGAUGCGAAUGCAGCAGACUCUGUAAAAAGUGUAAAAAAAACUAAAAUGUGAAAGAGCAUUGUGAAAUGGAAACUUCCAAAUGCUUUGUAAAAAGCUUCUUUGUACAGUUUUGUUGCUGUUUGUUUCUUAUGACAGAAAUGUAUGGAGUUGAUGCCUCAUGCUUUUUUUUUUUUUGGUUUUUAUUUUUUUAAAGAAAGGAAAAAGUUGUAAAGUGCAAUUUCAGUCUGUAUUAUGUCCUCAGGCUGUUAAAUUGUAACGAUUAACUUCUGAGAUUUAAAAAAAAAAAAAAAAAGGAAGAAAAAAAACUUUCCGUUGAACUUUGUGUGCCUGGUAUGUUACUAUCACUUCAGCAAUUACCACAAACAUGAGUCAGCAUGACUUGUGAAAAUACUUUAAUUUUUUGCAAUAUCCUUUCAAAGCCACACAUUUCCUGUAGAUUUUUUGUCAUACUCCGUGCCUUGUCUCUAGGUCAUGGGGUAGGGACAAGUGCCUGAAAAGUGAUGGCUCUUCUGCACUUUUGAGAUGACAUGCUCCUGAAGGGUAAAGAUUAAUUGACAGCUAAUUGUGGGGGGAAGCUUGCAUAGUGCUUAUGAACCUGCAAAAUAAGUCACAGCCUCAGUGAUUGGCAGGCGAAGGUUAGCAAAGACCCGGCAGCUGGUUUCAAUGUUCUCAUGUUGAAGUUUGCCUUCCGCUGAAUGUUCACUCGGACAUUUGUUUCUCUAGGCUGUCACUGCAAAUUAGAUGAAAUUGCUCUCAAAACAGCAGCAUUUCCAUCCUUUCUGAGUGAGCCAUGCUGGAGUCAUUUAGCUUCUAAUAAUAACAGCAUCACUUUGAAAUAUCAUUAUCCAACCACCAUGGCAGACAAAUCUUGAUUAGAUUGUAGGACAAGAUAAACUGACAGUAGGUCUGUUUUUUUUUUAUUUAGAACAACAAAAAGGCUUUAAUCCAUGUAACAUUAAUUGAAAUAAAAAAAAUAGGUUAUCACUGUUUUUGGCAAAUAUAAAUGAGCAUCCCUAAGUUUACCCAUGGCCUUGGGAAAAAGACCACGGUCAUGGGCAGUCCGCUUUGUUCAUGAUGCCACUUGAUCAUGAAAUAUAUGAUUCCCUCUAUUCGGGGGAUUAUCUCUUGUUGGAAGCCGAGCUGAGCGGAUUCCUCUGCGCCGGUUCCUAUGGUGCGCGGGGAAGCGAUCUGUCAAGGUCACGCUCAAAGGGCUCUUUGUUUCAGCGCGUGCCUGGUAGGAGUGCGGGGCAGCGUGCUGAGGGAGAACGAACGAGAGAGAUAGAAGAGACCCAGGAGCACACUCAAUGGGGCUCUGUGAUGCAGCUCAAAAUGGACGACCGUGCACUUCACCUCUGUGUGAUUUUAUGACUAGGGAACUUCUUGUCUAAAUAAACACGUUACAACAAAA